AUGUUGCCGAACAAGCCAGUGCUCGGGGAACCGAUCGCAGUGUCAGAAGAAAACUCAUAUCUAGCGGCACAGGAUGAAAUCGACGAUGAUAACAUUCCGUUCGGCGAGGGAGCCUUUCAGAAACGAGUACUGAUCAUCAGCGUUUUCACCGGUGCCAUCAACUCUGCCCAGAACCAACUCUUCCGGAUGUCGUGGCUCGAGAUGGACCACUGGUGCCGCCGCCCGAACGCUUUCUCCAACAUGAGCGUGUCUGCGUGGAAGGAGCUCGCAAUUCCACGUUACCUCAACGGAAGCUACAGCCGCUGCACGGUGCGCGUUCCGCCGGAGGGUGGCACUUGGGCCCGCGUAGAACCUUGCGUUGAAUGGGAGUUCGACCUGAACCAGCACGGCAACACCGCGGUCAGUGAGUGGAGCGUUGUCUGCCAGCGGCGUCAUCUGGCCGACGCCGCCCAGGCUGCGCAACUCUUCGCCACGACCAUCGCCCUUCUGACCCUGGGCCCUAUAGCCGACCGCAUUGGCCGCAAGAUGGUGGGAUUCCUGGCGCUCACGGCUCUGCUUCUCACGCUCGCGGCGACCAGCGUUGCGACCGACCUGCAGACAUUUAUAGUUGUACGUACAGUCGCAGCGGCAGCGUCGGCUGGCCUCUUCGUCAUCUGGGUGCUGCUCUACGAGAUAACUACCACGACCCGCCGACUGCUUUACACCACCGUCGGCUCGGCUCUUUCGUUUGUCAUCUCCCGGGUGUUUCUAUCUUUGGCGCACCUGUGGAAAGUGAGCUGGUCGGCAUCGCACAUGCUCCUGGCAUUGUUUGCCUUGGUUCUCCUCGUCGCUUUUAGCGUACUCGACGAAUCUCCAUCUUGGCUGAUCGCUGCGCACCGUGAGGACGAAGCCAGGCGCGUCGCAGUGAGAGUAGCCAACAGGAACGAAGUCCCCGUAAGCCACUGCCACGAAUUCUUCCAGAGACACAUGCACAGGGCACAGCAACUACCUCACGGAACCACCGCGACAAGCCAAGGUAGCAGCCUGAAGAGACCGCAACUCAGACAGACGUAUGUGCUCACCGCUUUCAUCUGGACCGUCCUGGGCUUGACUUCUUUCCACUACAACACCAGCCGCCCCACCGCGCGUAGCAUGUACGUACGCCCCUUGAUGGAUGUUGGCAUCGCGCCCUUGCUCGUCGCUGUGUGGCCCCGCCUGGAGAACGGCCGGCGUGCAAGGAACGUGACGUCAUACUGCGCUCUCGUGUUCAGCAGUUUGUCGGCACUGCUAUUCUCCGCCUACACCAACUACGACACAGCCUUGCCCACGGCGCUGUUGAUCGUGAUGCGCCUUGCGUACAUACUUCUGGUCGUUUUGGAAUUCUACCUCACUUUCGCCGUGUUUCCCACGGAGUCGCGGUGCACCGGUUCCGGCGUAGGCCUAGCUUCCUUCUUGGUGGGCAAUGUGAUUGGACUAGUAGCGUUCCCCGGUAUCCUCAACAAGCAUGAAGACAGUGGGCUCGUCGCGGAAACGGUGUUAAUGGCGAUAACUGCUAUAGCCACCAUGUACAUGCUUUCGGAGGAUGCCUACCCUGCAAGAAGUGUGCAUACUUUGGCCACCACGUCAUUGCCCUCGAAACCGAGCCCUUCGAGCGGUGGACAGCCUCCGUGCUUAACCGCGGUAUCGGUGGCUGCCGAGGUUGAGCCCAAAGCGUCAAUAGCGGAUGUGCGCGGGGCCUCCAGGAAGAAGGCAAGAGUGAAUAAGAUGCCGGAGCAGUUCGCUGUGCGUCCGUCCAAGAUUCGAGGGAACUGGUAA